AUGGCUUCUACCCGCCCCGAAGGCAACGACGGCGGCGCGCCUAUCUUCGACUCCUUAGCCAAAUUCUACGUCUCUGUGGCCAUCAUUUGGACCUCCGCCCUCCUCGCUGGCUCCGUCUUUCUCUUUGCCAAUCGCCAUGAGCAAUGUAUUCGCAUCCGCAACCUACGACUCAUGCUAAGCACGGUAGCAUGCCUUCACGUUUACUGGAUUCUGUGCAUGGUCGCCUAUUCAAUGGGAGGGAAGUAUCCAUGCGUCGCAGAAUACUGGGUCAUGAGCAUCUACCUGCCUCUCGGAAUCGCUCUCUUUCAAGCAAACAGCAUGCAGCUUUUGAGCGUUUUUGGCAUCCAGGAGAAGUUACUUCUGGCCGCGAAUCAUCCGCACAGGUCUAGCCUCGUCGAUCGCCCAAAGUCUUCGAACCGAUAUCUCGAUCGAUGGAGACGGUGGAAUCUCGUCCAGCGCACAGAAUUUGGCAUUGUAGUUGGAAUGAUCGUUCAGGUCUUCUUGUCGCUUUCAAUAUUCCUUAGUUCCCGCAAAUUUCAAUCCUUCGGCACGUUCUCGGAGCAUGUGAGCGCCGAAGAAUGCCGGCGAGGCCCUGAAUGGAUUCCCUCAAUACUCUGGCAGCUGGUCUGGUCCUGGAUAUUUGCCCCAUAUGUCUUGUGGAGGAUACGCAACAUUCAUGAUAUCCACCACUGGCGGCGUCAGAUUACUUGCUGUCUUAUCGCUGCUUUACCUGGCUCACCUAUGUGGUUUGCUGCACUUUAUUCGUCGACCAAGACCUGGGAAGUUAUAAACAGAUACUGGGUCCCUGCUCUUUGGUUCGCUCCCGGGAUCAUGGCAAUGGAGGCUGUUACCAUUUUCUUUCCAUGCUACGAGGUGUUUACCUCCAGGAAGCAGAGAAAUCGUAUCCUCGGUGAACUUCAAGCAUGGGACGAGAGAAAGGCCACCGCUACCGACGAAUUGGAAUCGAGAACAUCACGAAGCCAGAGUGAAACCAGCCGCAUGCCUGAAAUAUAUUCCCGAAAUGCACUAGAAAGGUGUUUGGCAGAAGACUCGAGUGCGCUUCUCCGAUUUGCAGCUGCCAAAGAGUUCAGUGGCGAAAACAUCAUUUUCCUGAAUUACGUGCGUGACUGGAAGGCUGCCUGGGCAAAGGUCACUGAGCUGGACCCAGAGUAUGAUUGGAAGCGUGAUCCUCAAUAUCAUCGCCUGUUCUUCUUCAAGAUUGCCGUCGAGAUUCACGCGGCGUGCGUCGAUCUCAAUACAGCCGAGUUCCCCAUCAACAUUGAAUCACGAACUUACUCUGAUCUCAUGGAUAUGUUUAGCGAGGCCGCUCUGGCCCUCGACCAUUCUUCACAGCGAGAGUCCAACAUACGAACCUACAGAAAUCUUCCAGACUCUCUGGUGCCAUCGCACAGGAAAAAGCUCUCCUCUAUCAUAACCGUCGAAGAAGAUACUUAUGCUCUCUGCCUCAAUGCGUAUCCUCACGAAACCAAGAGCAUUAUGCAUAUCGAGCCACGACUUUCUGAUUCUGUCAUGGUUCCUUUGAGCUUCACGGUUCAUGCUUUUGACCAGGCCGAGAGGUCUGUCAAACAUUUGGUGUUCACCAAUACAUGGCCCAAGUUUAUAGAUUCUUCCAGCACCAUGUCCAUUCACUCAAAGUCAUGA